AUGGCUACUUUGCGAGGAAGAGUGAUAGCCGUCACUGGCGCAGGCUCCGGAAUGGGCGCAGCUUUUGCAGCCCUCGCUGCUGAACGCGGCGCCGUGCUGUCCCUAGCAGAUAAAGAUCCAGCUGGACUCGAUCGAACGAUGCACUCUUUCCCUCCUGAUCAGAGGCAAAGACAUACUGCUACGGUUGUUGAUGUUACAAAGGGCGUUGACGUUGAUCGUUGGAUCAGAGAUACUGUGCAACAGCUAGGGCGUCUUGACUGCGCUGCAAAUUUUGCGGGCGUUCUAGCCCUCAAUAACGUCUGUAAGAUCCAGGACGAGACUGAGGAGAAUUGGGAUUUUCAUAUGAAUGUCAAUGCUAAAGGAGUAUUUCUCUGCCUACGGGCUCAAAUACCACACAUGAAGGAGGGUGGGAGUAUCGUUAGCAUCGCCAGUGUCGCUGGGCAAGUGGCUUGUCCCACUAUGGGGGCAUAUGUUGCUAGUAAACACGCAGUCAUUGGCGGAGUCGACACCGCUAUGGUCCCUGACGACGAAGAUGCUAGGGCUGAGGAAGUCUCUCGGCAGAUCAUGAAACGGCUGGCUACUCCGGUCGAAAUCGCAAAAGUUGUCGCAUUUCUGCUCAGCGAGGAAGCUAGCUUUGUUACAGGCGCGGUGUACAAUGCGGACGGUGGGUGGUUGGCAUGA